AUGAUAGGAAACUUAACCAUCAUUGCCCUCACUCUGCUGGAUUCCCAUCUCAAGACCCCAGUAUGUUUUUUUUAUAUCUUUUCUGGGGUUACAGAGUUUUUCCUUCUGGCUGCUGUGUCCUAUGACCGCUACGUUGCCAUCUGCAAACCCUUGCAUUAUACAUCCGUCGUGAGCAGCAGACUGUGUCACCAGCUUGUACUUAGCUCUUGGGUAACUGCCUUCUCGGUCAUUUUCCCUCCACUCACUUUGGGUCUUAAUCUGGAUUUCUGUGCUUCCAAUAUCAUUGACCAUUUCAUUUGUGACAUUUCUCCUGUCCUGCAACUUUCUUGCUUAGACACACAUUUAUUAGAGUUGAUUGGUCUUUUAAUAGCUCUGAUGACACUCAUUGUCAUCUUGUUAUUAGUAAUCAUUUCUUACCCUUAUAUUAUCAAGACAAUUCUAAAAUUCCCUUCAGCUCAGCAAAAGAAAAAAGCCUUUUCCACUUGCUCUUCACACAUGAUUGUUGUCUCCAUCACUUAUGGCUGUUGUAUAUUCAUCUACAUAAAACCAUCAGCAAAUGAAAGAGUUACUUUAAGCAAAGCAGUAGGUGUGCUCAGUACUUCAGUUUGCCCCAUUGUUGAACCCAGUCAUUUAUACUUUGAGGAACCAGCAACUAAGAGGGGUGAGGAAGCUGCAGAAGAAAAGUCUGAAGCCAGCAGAGGUUGGAUCCUGAGGUUUAAGGAACUAAGCCACCUCCAUCACAUAACAGUGCGAGGUGAGGCGGCAAGUGCUGAUGCAGAAGCUGCAGCAAGUCAUCCGGGAGGUCUCGCUGAGAGAACUGAGGAAGGAGGAUACACUAGGCCACAGGUUUGCAAUGUGGACGAAACAGCCUUGUAUGGGAAGAAGAUGCCAUUUAGAACUUUCGAAGCUAAAGAAGAGAUGUCGUUGGCUGGGUUUUGA